CCUCUUUCUUCGAACUUCAUCUUCUUCAAAGGGCAGGAAUCCAGACUCCAGUUGCCGGAAACCGGCCAGACCAUUGACGGAAGACCCACGGCCGGAAAACCGCAUCUCCGUUCCAGCGAUCCAGAGUCGAAAGUUGUGUGUUUCUAAUCUAUUGUGGAUGUCAUGGAAGCACAAAACCAGAGCCUCAAUACUUCGUUGCAUCGACUCCAGAACGUUGAAAAGAGAAUUGUUCGGGUUUUAGAGCUUGCUGGAGGGGUGAUGGAUGAAUUCGCAAGUCCUAGCGGACCCAGGAAGGAAUUGGUAAACAACCAUUGUGGAGAGUUUAUGCAAUUAAUUAAGGAUAUACAAGUGACACUGAGGGAAGAAAUCAAAAGUGCAUGUGAAUACCGUCCUUUUGAGAAAUGCGACUACAGUUCUAGAAUAUCUAACGAGAUAUGUUGCAAAAAAUUGGAGUACAUUGUUGGGCGUUUAGAUGAGAUGAAGAAUACUGUUGAUAAUUCUCGCGAAACAGUUUGAACCUUUUUAAAAGUGCUGAAUUAAAUUCAUCAAGUUUUCUGUUAUUCCAUCCAUAGCUUGCGAGGGUUUAAGAUCUUCUUUUGUUGUGUUUGAUUAUAUUGCUGUCUUUUAGAUUUAGAUGCUUAAUUUUUAUAAAAUGCAGCAUUAAAUACUCUAUGUUACAAAUGUUCUAAGUGAUAAACAAGCUCUGUAUUAUACUUUGGAUGAUUUGAAUAUGGGCAUGCUAAGUAUUUUGAUUUGAAUGUAAGUAAAC